AUGGAGGGGGAAAGGAGGGUGGGGGGUUGUAAAUGUGGUUUGUAUAAAGAGGAGAAACCUGCAGACUCUAAUCAUCUAGAUCUCUGCCAGUCCACCACCAUGUACCUGUACCUCCUCAUCCUCCUCCAACUCCUUUCCUCUACUGGAGCCUCUGAGAGUGGCAUUGUGGGUGGUAAGAUAGCUAAGCCCCACUCUAGGCCCUAUAUGGUCUCUCUGCAACACAGAGGACACCAUGUUUGUGGAGGAAUGCUCAUCCGGGAGGACUUUGUCCUGACUUCAGCACACUGCUUGAAAGGUACUUAUCCUUUAACGGUGGUCCUUGGAGCUCACAACCUAACCAAAGAAGAGAAGAAGAGUCGGCAAGAGAGGAAAGUGUCACAUUACCAUCGGCAUCCCUUACAUGAGAAUAUAACUCAGUUAAGUUACGACAUCAUGCUACUGAAGUUACAUACCAAUGCAUUUCUGAACGAGUAUGUGAAGGUCAUUGGACUACCCGAUAAAGUUAAACAUAUCCCAGCCAGAACCAAGUGCUCUGUCUCUGGCUGGGGCAAGACUAAACCAGAUAAAACAUCUGGUGCUGCAGAUGUUUUGAUGGAAGUUGAAGUCACGAUGCAGUUCAACUUUGAAUGCGUAAAUAAGUGGAAAGAUGACUUUAUAAGUAGCCAAAUGAUAUGCACUGAUGAUGGACAGAAAGGCUUUUGUCAGGGAGAUUCAGGUGGACCUGUUAUUUGCAAGAACAAGAACGUGGCACAGGGUAUUGUUGCUUCUUUUCGUAAUCCACUGAAAUGUGAUGAUCGUAAAUUCCCCCGUGUGUACAUAAACAUUUCCUUCUUUAAGUCCUGGAUUGAAGAGGUGAUUAAUGGAUAGCUUUAAAAAAAUAUAUAUAUAUUAAAAAAAAAUAAUGCAUGCAUAAAUAGAUAUCAUAAAUGCAUAACAUGUUGUGUACGAAUAUACAGGUAACUGUCAAAAUAGUGGAAACACGAGUAAAUGAGGGAUACAAAUGAUUUUGAAACAUACGCUUCCACACAGGUGUGGUUCCUGAGUUGAUUAAGCAAUUAGCAUCAUGAUUAAGGUCAUAAAUAGAAAAAUGCUGGGCAGGCCAUUAUUUCGGCUACCAUGGCUAAUCCUACAUAGAAUGACAAUGCCGCCAUCCACAGGGCACGAGUGGUCACUGAAUGGUUUGAUGAGAUAUGAAAAACGAUGUAAACCAUAUGUCAUGGCCGUCUCAGACACCAGAUCUCAACCCAAUUUAACACUUUACGGGAGAUUGUGGAGCGGCGCUUGAGACAAUUGUUUUCCACCACCAUCAACAAAACACCAAACGUUGGAAUAUCUCAUGGAAGAAUGGUGUCACAUCCCUCCAAUAGAGUUCCAGACACUUGUAGAAUCUAUACCAAGGUUCAUUGAAGUUGUUCUGGCCCGUGGUGCCCAACGCCCUAUUAAGACACUUUAUGUUGGUAAUUACCUGUACAUGUCUGCUUAAUAAGGCACAUUGCAUAUUGUAUAUAUUUUUUUUCUUUCAGUUUUGAUUGGUGUAGCUGUACGGUAAUGGCAUGUACCACAUUCUCAGUUUUUUUUUUUAUCAAUUACUGCUUUUACUACUAUGAAAUGUAACGUUUUCUAAAGCCAAAUCUUUGUCACACAUUGGUUAAUAUUUUACAUGUUGAACCGAUAUAAUAUUUGUAAAAAUACAUUCAUGUACUUUAGAAUAAUAUUAUUAGAAAAUAUUUGUAUUUGUUAACUCGUGAUUUUAAAAUAUUGUCAAUGCUUAGUCAUUGUGUGCAUCCAUCCUUUCAUUUACCCCUAUACAAUUAUGAAUUAAAUGUCACAAACAUCCAGAUCAUUUCCCAAAGCAUACCACUUAUUUAGUCUGGGAAAAUGUAACAGAAUGCAGGGUCUCUUGCAGAAAUUGUUUAGUCUACUAAUCCAUAAAAUUAAGCGUGAAAAGAUUUAUCUUCUGAAGUGAUGUGAUCUGACAAUAAGGUAGGACAGCUGUACCAAUAAAUUCAAAAUCCAGGGGGUGGACUUCAUUAGACUGUAAAUCCAGAGGUAGACUUCAUUAGACUGUAUUUCCAGGGGUAUACAUCAUUAGACUGUAAAUCCAGGGGUAUACUUCAUUAGAUUUUAAAUCCAGAGGUAGACUUCAUUAGACUGUAUUUCCAGGGGUAUACAUCAUUAGACUGUAAAUCCAGGGGUAGACUGCGUCCAGCAGUUUGAGACGGUGGGUGCGUCAUUAGACUGUAAAUCCAGGGUAAUAAAGUGCUUCAAUAUACUGUAAAUCCAGGGGUAUACUGUAGACUUCAUUAUACAGUAAAUCCAGUGGUGUACUGUAGACUUCAUUAGAUUGUAAAUCCAGAUGUAUACAUAAUUAUACUGUACAUCCAGGGGUAUACUUCAUAAGCAUGUUAACACGGGGGUAUACUUCAUAAGCAUGUUAACACGGGGGUAUACUUCAUUAUGCUGUAAAUCCAGGGGUAUACUUCAUUAUGCUGUAAAUCCAGGGGUAGACUUCAUUAUGCUGUAAAUCCAGGGGAUACUUCAUUAUGCUGUAAAUCCAGGGGAUACUUCAUUAUGCUGUAAAUCCAGGGGUAGACUUCAUUAUGCUGUAAAUCCAGGGGUAGACUUCAUUAUGCUGUCAAUCCAGGGGUAGACUUCAUUAUGCUGUAAAUCCAGGGGAUACUUCAUUAUUCUGUAAAUUCAGGGGUAGACUUCAUUAUGCUGUAAAUCCAGGGGUAGACUUCAUUAUGCUGUAAAUCCAGGGGUAGACUUCAUUAUGCUGUAAAUCCAGGGGAUACUUCAUUAUGCUGUAAAUCCAGGGGUAUACUUCAUUAUGCUGUAAAUCCAGGGGUAGACUUCAUUAUGCUGUAAAUCCAGGGGUAGACUUCAUUAUGCUGUAAAUCCAGGGGAUACUUCAUUAUUCUGUAAAUUCAGGGGUAGACUUCAUUAUGCUGUAAAUCCAGGGGUAGACUUCAUUAUUCUGUAAAUUCAGGGGUAGACUUCAUUAUGCUGUAAAUCCAGGGGUAGACUUCAUUAUGCUGUAAAUCCAGGGGUAUACUUCAUUAUGCUGUUACAAUAUUUGUCCAUUAUUCUUAAAAACAUUCUUCAAACUCUGUCAAGUUGAUUGGUGAUCAUUGAAAGACAGCCAUUCGCAAGUCUUGCAAUAGAUUUUCAAGCUGAUUUAAGAAAAAACGUUAACUCUGUCUUCUUGUUCAGCAACUCCCGUAUAGAUUUGGAAUUGUGUUUUAGGUUAUUGUUCAGGUGAAAGGUGAAUUCAUCUCCCAGUGUGUUGGAAAGCAGACUGAACCAGGUUUUCCUCUUGGAUUUUGUGUGUGCUGAACUUAUUUAGGCUUGCCUUAACAAAGGGGUUGAAUACUCAUUGAUUCAAGACAUAUCAGCUUCACUAUUUUAUUCAUUACUAAAAUGUUCAACAAACAAAAUUCCACUUUGACAUCAUGGGGUAUUGUGUGUAGGCCAGUGACACAAAAUUCAAUCUAUUUAAAAUGCAGACUGAAAUACAGCAAAAUGACCAUAGAUGACAGUAUGGACUUUUGACCCUGUGUGUGUGUGUAAGAUUGUGUGGCGUGUCCUCUUCUGUUCCACUGAAACCUGUCAUAUAUGUCUAGCUCUCACCUAGUUAUUGAGAAACCACCAACCACCUCUGUGCUUUUCCUGUUGUUGUUCUGUGAACCAACACCGUCUCAGAAAUAGACAGGAUGUAACGCCCUGGCCAUAGAGAGGGGUUUUUAGUUCUCUAUUUUGGUUAGGCCAUGGGUGGGCGUUCUAUGUUUAUUUUUCUAUGUUGGUUUGUUUCUUUGGUUGGCCGUGUGUGGCUCUCAAUCAGGAACAGCUGUAGUUCAUUGUUGCUGAUUGGGAGUCAUACAUAGGCAGCCUGUUUUUCCUUUGGGGUUUGUGGGUGAUUGUUUUCUGUUUAGUGUGUAACCGGACAGAACUGUUGCUGGUCGUUUUUGUUUAUUUUGUAGUGUUCAUGCGAUUCAUUAAAUCCUUUAUGAUGAACACA